UUAUAAAAUCAAUUCCUCUUUGGCCUUUUCAUAUCUGAACCCUCUUUUUCUAUGUGCCUCUGCCCAACUCCCUCAACCCCCACUCUUUUCACCUUCAGCAGUGAGAUUUCAAGGAGGGCAAGAUGGACCGCUAUUUUGCACCAGGAACAAAUCAUCUCUUUGUUCCGGGGCCUGUCAAUAUCCCAGACCAUGUCAUUCGGGCCAUGAACCGGAACAAUGAGGAUUAUCGUGCUCCACCAAUUCCAGCAUUGACCAGAGACCUUCUUGAGGAUGUUAAGAAGAUCUUCAAGACAACUACUGGAACCCCAUUUCUCAUUCCCACCACAGGUACUGGUGCAUGGGAAAGUGCACUUACAAACACAUUGUCUCCUGGAGAUCGAACUGUAUCAUUCCUGAUUGGGCAAUUCAGUUUGCUGUGGAUCGACCAGCAGAAACGUCUUAGGUUCAAUGUGGAUGUCAUAGAAAGUGAAUGGGGCCAAGGUGCUAACCUUGAGAUUCUAGCAGAAAAAAUUGCAGCAGACAGAGCACACACUAUUAAGGCUGUUUGUAUUGUUCACAAUGAGACAGCUACUGGAGUUACCAACAAUUUGGCUGCAGUAAGGAGAAUCCUUGAUGAGUACAGUCAUCCAGCACUCUUUCUUGUUGAUGGGGUGUCAUCCAUAUGUGCCCUUGAUUUCCGUAUGGAUGAAUGGGGAGUGGAUGUGGCGUUAACCGGCUCUCAGAAAGCUCUUUCUCUUCCCACUGGAAUGGGGAUUGUAUGUGCAGGCCCCAAGGCUCUAGAGGCAAGCAAAUCUGCACAAUCAGUGAGAUUUUUCUUUGACUGGAAUGACUACUUGAAGUUCUAUAAAUUGGGAACAUUUUGGCCAUACACCCCUUCCAUCCAACUGCUGUAUGGGAUGAGAGCAGCUCUGGAUAUCAUCUUUGAGGAAGGACUUGACAAUGUGAUUGAAAGGCAUAGCCGUUUGGGCAAAGCAACAAGGCUUGCUGUGGAGGCAUGGGGCCUGAAGAAUUGCACCCAAAGGGAGGAAUGGUUCAGUGACACCGUCACUGCUGUGGUUGUGCCUCCAUACAUCGAUAGUACGGAGAUCGUCAAGAGGGCAUGGAAGAGAUACAACUUAAGCUUAGGUCUAGGCCUGAACAAAGUUGCUGGAAAGGUUUUCAGAAUAGGCCAUCUCGGCCACCUUAAUGAUGUGCAACUGCUGGGGUGUCUUGCUGGGGUGGAGAUGGUACUUAAGGAUGUGGGAUACCCGGUGAAGAUGGGAAGUGGGGUUGGAGCUGCUUCUGCAUAUCUGCAAAACACCAUCCCCUUGAUUCCUUCAAGGAUUUGAUGCGUGCCUCCCAACUGUCUGUCCAUGUAACUAUUUUUCUUUCUAUAAUGUGCUUCAGGGUACUAUGUAAAAAGUUGAUAAUUUCCUUUCUGUGCUAGCACUCUUUUGAAGCACAAAAAAUCCCAAGAGAUACAUUUCUUGCUGCGUUGUCCUGUAUUUAUAAGCCUGUUGAAUCCAUCUAUUGCUUAUGAAAAAUGCCCUAAAUUUUCUACCCA